AUGGUGACAGGAACGGACAAAGAAGAGACUGAUCCUAUCCAAGAAGAGGAAUCACAUGAAGCAAAUACUACAAAUUUGGUAACGACGUGUAUUCCUUCAGCAGUGCAUCUGCAGAGUGAGUUGCUUUCAAGCAUAGAAGAGGAUCAUGAGGCCAUACUGGUACAGAAGACGGCAUUUCCAGUUGUGGAUGAAGCUUAUGCGAACAUUGGGUACAUGGACGAAAAAGCUGAACUGUUACAGACUUGGCUCUGUCUCUCAAAGGAUAAUGAUGAACAGGAACUGCUUCACAGUGUUUUUAAACAGAACGAAGGGUUUAACACUAAGAAGAAACAAAGGAAGUGCUUCAAAUCAAGGAGAUUCAAGUUCAAAAAGAAAUCCAGAACUCAAAAGGUUGAGAAUUCAAACCACUGCUCAUCAAACAUCAAUUGUUCUCAUCAAUGA